GGCUCCGCGAUGGCGCUGUCCGCCGCGGACAGGGCAGCGGUGCGCGCGCUCUGGAGGAAGCUGGGGAGCAACGUCGGCAUCUACACAACCGAGGCCUUGGAGAGGUGCGGCCACCCGGCCCCCGAGACCCCAGGCUCCCCGGCUUUGCGCCUCCGCCGCCGCGCCGGGUGCCCCCGCCCCCCGGGCUUCCUCCUGAGGCCGCACCUCACUCGAGCUUCCUCCCGCAGGACUUUCGCGUCCUUCCCCGCCACCAAGACCUACUUCCCCCACUUUGACCUGAGCCCCGGCUCCGCCCAGGUCAAGGCCCACGGCAAGAAGGUGGCCGAUGCGCUGACCCUCGCCGUGGCCCACCUGGACGACCUGCCGGGCGCGCUGUCGGCGCUGAGCGACCUGCAUGCGCUCCAGCUGCGGGUGGACCCCGUCAACUUCAAGUUCCUCGGCCACUGCCUGCUGGUCACCCUCGCCCGGCACUACCCCGGAGACUUCAGCCUCGCCAUGCACGCCUCGCUGGACAAGUUCCUGAGCCACGUGAGCGCGGCGCUGGCCUCCAGCUACCGCUAGACUCCAGGGGGCGUCGCGGGACCCCAGCCGCCCCUCCCGCGAGCUCCGGAGUCCCAGUAAAGUCCAGCCAGAAAGCCUC